GAUGAAGUUACUUCUUGCUAAUGUUCUCAACCAACGAUCAUCAUCAACAACAGCAGCAGCAGCAGCACGAAGAAGGACAGCAACACUUCCAGCUCCAACAGGGAUUUGGUAUUCUGCCUGCCUCUUCUUCUACUACUUCGGCUCCUCAAAACUAUCAACAGUCUUCUGCUACUACUACUACUACUACUGCAACUUCCUCGCUUACUGCGACAGCACAUCCGUCACUCACACUCAAUUUCGAUGAUGACAACGAUCUGCUUCGGUCACCUUGUGACAGCCCGAAGCUCACUCCACCGAGCCCAGCAACAAUUGCAUCAACGACAUCCACUGGUUUGGAGUGCUCAUCAUUGAGUGAUGACAGUGGAUACAGUACAAGUGCAAGCAGUAAUGUUAGCAAUAGUCUGAGCCCUUUACCGGCAGCACCACUACCUGCAUCUCCAUUAUCAACAUCCACCACCACAACUCCAAAGGCAGCAGCAGCAGCAGCAGCAGGAGGAGCAGCUAUGCUGCCGCCUGUUGGUGGCCCUACUCGGACUAAAUCCGAGAAACUUGAAGCGGAGAAUGCUGUCUUAACUAACGCGUGUUUAGGCCUUUUGGAACUGCUUAACAGUCAACGAGGAGGCAACCCAGGAGCUGCAAGUGCUGCAUAUAAUGCGUUGCUUUCGCGUGUAAGUGCGGCUUCUCCCGCUACUACUACUGCUGCUACGAGCACGUCAAACAACAAUGUAUCUACCCCAAGCUUGAGCCCGUGCGAUAAUAUCUCUGCGUCCACCUUCGCAACGGGUGCUACUUCUCCCUCUACUACUACUACUACUAAUGCUGUUGCAUCAUCAACAUCAACAUUGUCAUCGAAUGCUUAUCCAACCAUGGCUACUACCACCAUCAGUAAUCCUCAAGCACCACAAUACGGCAGUAUGCCGAUCAGUCAUCAGCAAGGGCACGACCAAAUGCAACAACAACAACAGCCUACGCUAGCUUCCCCGAUGCCGACAUUCACCUUCCCAGGAGCCACUGGUAUUCCUCGGUCACAAGUCGGAGGUCGAUUGAAUGACCUUAGUAGCAGUAAUGCUAAUACGAAUAUGAGUUGCUAUGGUCGAAGAAAGAGCUAUGGCGCACCCCCUGGUGUUUGGAGAAAUCCUUAUGGUUAUGUAAGUACUGUAUAUGUAAAUAAGAAAAGAGUUUAUGGCCCGUUGAGGAAGACUAUAGAGGAUGCGUCACGAGAUCGUGAGGCUAUGGUCCAAGCUAAGGAGUAUGUAACAAGUGUUGAAGAGAUGAGAGCUUUCGUGCGUGAGUUCCUUAAACCAAAUCCGCAUGGUGGUGUUGCAGAAUCAGCAGUCCUUCCUAACCUACCGGCUUUGGAAGAAGAAAUGUUGGUUACUCUUUAACUCCUUUCCUUAAACGUUUCUCAUCAUCCUUAUAUCGCAGUACCUCCUAAAUUUCCUAGUUCAACAAUUACUUAAUAGUACUAUCUGGUGUACUAUUGGUUUCUACCUGGCCAUAUAC